AUGGGUGGCGACCUCAACUUGAAGAAGUCAUGGCAUCCCGUACUCAUGAGCAAUCAGAGGAGGGUAUGGGAGGAAGAGAAGAAGGCACUCGACGAACGAAAACGAACCGAACAGCGUAUCAAAGAGCUCAAGGAGGAGCGCGCGAAGGAAGAGAUUCAGAACAAGCUCGAGGCUGCGGGGAGUCGCAAGCGUGUUGAUCGCGUGGAUUGGAUGUAUCAAGGACCCUCGAGUGGCCAAACUGGAACGACGGAGGAGAUGGAGGGUUAUCUUCUGGGAAAGCGACGGAUUGAUGGCUUGAUCAAGGGUACAGAGCACAAAAAGUUGGAGAAGCAAGCUUCCGAGGACAGCUUUAUGGCUUUGCAGAAUGCCAAUACUGUCAGGGACACUGCGUCAAAGGUCCGGGAAGACCCGAUGUUGGCUAUUAAGAGACAAGAGCAAGCGGCAUACGAGGCUAUGAUGAAUGAUCCGAUCAAGAGGAAACAACUCCUCGCCCUUGCAGGGGGGGUGGGCGCUACAGAAGAGAGCAAGCCGAAGAGGGAAAAGAAACAUCGAAGACAUCACCACAGACAUCGCGACGAUUCAGAUGACGAGAGAAGGCACAAGCGGAGACGGCGAGAUGAUGAUGAUAGGAGCCACAGGAGCAGCAGAUCAGAACAUCGACGACGGAGAUCACCUUCGUAUUCUAGGUCUCCCUCCCCUAUUGGAAGAAAGGACGGCUACGAUAAGAGUCGACGACCAAGAUCGGCAUCACCUGAGGAUCGUAGACGAGGCAGGUCAGAUAGAGACCGUGAUUAUGAUCGAAGGAGGCGCAGAAAUACAUCUUCGGGCGAUUCUAGAUCUCCCUCACCAGACCGACGACGAUUAUCGCCUGAUCGACGAAAGUCUUACCCUACGAGUCGAGAUGAUCGAGACUACAAAGGUGCUGACAGACGGAAUGGGGCAAACAGGUUCAAUGGACAACGAAACGGCGGCUAUGAAAAACGAGACGAUCGAAGGAACCAGGAAGGCGUACAGACCGAAGCUUCAGAAGAUAAAGAGGCGGAACGUCAGAAGAAGUUAGCAGCCAUGCAGCAAGAUGCUUCGAAACUAGAUGUGGAUCGCGAGAAGCGCCUUGCAGCCUUAGCAGAGCAAGAGAGGGCUGAUCGUGAGGCAGAAGAUAAAGCUCGAGCAAAGUCAUCAAAGUACGGUGACAAGGGAGAUUUCAUCAAUGGUCUCAACCGGAAGGCUGGAGAUGUUUCAUUGGCAGACCGAAUUGGUCGUGGAAGGCAGGGUUUUCAAAAGGACGAAGAUUGA